UGGCUUCAUUACCAUUUCUGAGGUCCUCAUUUAUUCCGUCUCCGCCGUUAGAUUCUGAUUUUGCUUCCUCUUCUGUACAUUCUCCGCUGAUGUACUGACUGAAGCAUCCAUCAAACACCUUCGAACAAUUCAACUCUUCCGCCGCCGAUGACGAGUAUUCUGGCGAGACACCCUCCGUCUCUGCCGCCGGCGGUUGGCGACGGUUUUAAUAUCAAGGGAUCCGAUUGCAGAAUCCUCUGUUUCGGAUACUCAAAUUCGGACCCCCGAAUCCGUGCCCGCUUCAGCAGCGCUCGCAGACAGAGGCGAUUUAGGGUUUCGUGGCCCGUUCGAUCUGGUAAAUUGGACGAUGGCGUUGAAGGAGAUGAUGAAUCUGACGAGGACGGUUCGAACCGGGAAGAUUCUGAAGAGAACAGAAUUAACCGUGUUAACAGUGACAAACUUAGAGAGAAUCUUGAAAAAAUUGUUGGGGUGGAUGACUCCAGAUUCAGUGGGAUAGAUCUCGCAACUCUUAUACGGAAUAAAUAUGGGAGGUCAUAUGAUGUUCAAUUGAUCAAGAAGGAGUUCAUGGGCAGAAAUCUCCUUGCUAUGAAUGUCAUGUGGAAGUACAUGGAGCAGAGAUCAUUUCCACUGACCGAAGAAGAGUACAUUUUGAGGCUCGAUGACGUGGCAACUAAUUUAAGAUGUUGGGGAGCUGUCUCGCAUGUCCGAAGCAGUCUUGAGAAGUCGAAAGAACGGCCUCGGAUUGGAAAGGCAGUGAGCAUCUUUAUAGAUAUGGACGAGUCUGGGGGUCGUGCAAACGAGUGGAUAUAGAAGUAGGCCAUUACCACGAAACAUUUUGAAUUUUAUAGGGCGCAAAAUGUACGCCACCGAUUCUUGGGUACAAAUUAGUGAAUUACAAUAGCAAAGCUGGGAACAGAGGCGUUGGGUACUGCAUCCGAUCGUAGCAUUGAAACGAACAUUGAAGACGUGCCUGCUGCUCUAUCUUCUGCAAUAUCAUUGCAAGAGAAGAACAACUUUGUAAAGUUUGAAUUUGAAUAAUAUAUGUUAAGUUUUUCUGCCUUCUUUUGUAAAUCUCAAUGAACAAGUAAUGUUGUUUUGUGUAGAGUAAUUUAGUGCCUUCUGUUGAAUCAAGACUGAUUCCU